AUGGUCCAGUGGCUCGCCGACCCCGCGACGCACGCUCAGCGCAGCGCGCACUCUCCUCGCGAUGCCCUCCCGCCCAAGCGUCCCGCCCGCCGCGGCUACUCCGUCACCGACUUCCAGGGCGAUAUUGCCGUCCCCGACGUCAUCGCCGCUCUUCAAGCCGCCUCCCUGACGGCCUCACCCUCCUCCCCAUCCACUACGCAGCAUAUACCUACCGAGGCUACGAUCCCCGAAAACGCCGUCCUGCGUACUACGCCCACCAUACAGCAAGCCCUCGCUUUCUCGUCGUCGCUGCUGCGGCCGCCGCCUCCAAAGACGAAGCAGCCUCCGCGACGCUCCUACUCGGCGACCGACAAGGAACCCGAGGACGCCGUGCUUGCGCCCAACCAGCCCCGACCCGGGCCGUCCUCGUGGUACGGCAACGGCGCCGGCGGGCUGCUCGGCCUCCCGCCUGAGCUGCACUACACGCUCUUCGACUUCCUCGACCCCAUCGACGCCGUGUGCUUCGGCCUCGCCCACCCUACGCUCUACGCGAUCCAUCGCCGCAAGAACGGCCGCGUGCCCCUGGGCAGUCGCUACAACGGGCCCAACGACCUGGAGUGGGUAUGGCGCGACGUCCGCCACAUCCAGAUGCGCAGAGGCGGCACCGGUAGCAGCAGUAGCAGCAGUGCAAAUAGCGGUAGCACCUCGCCGUCGUCGUCACCGCCCGAGACGCAACCGCAGCAGCAACGCCACGACGCGCUCGACAAGCUUCGCGUCAAGGGCCAGGUCUACUGCCGCAAGUGCGGCAUCGCCAGGUGCGAGCUGCACCGCCACAUCCGCCGCUGGAUGGGCGACGACUACGAGUAUUGCGAGGUCAAGGAGCGCUUCGCCCAGCCGGCGCCCGCGGGCGCCCGCGCGUAUUGCUUCAUGAGCUCCCCCAAGGACCGCCGCCGUUGCGGCCGCCACGGCCCGUCCAAGGCCCCCAGCUCGGCGAGCACGCCGGUCGCGACCACGCCCCCGGCGACGGCGGACCUGGCGACCUCGCCGUGGGUGUAG